UUUUCACUUCAUCGACGCUAAAUUUGACGCAGCAACCGAAACAACGAGAUGGCUUCGCUGUACGUUGGAGACCUGCAUUCGGACGUGACCGAAGCUAUGCUGUUUGAGAAAUUCAGCACAGUCGGUGCUAUCCUGUCGAUCCGCGUGUGUCGUCAUGUAAUCACCAGGAGUUCGCUGGGAUACGCCUACGUCAACUUUCAAAACAUAGCGGACGCUGAACGUGCUUUAGACACCAUGAACUUUGAUAUUCUUAAAGGACAUCCUAUGAGAAUUAUGUGGUCUCAAAGAGAUCCUUCUCUUAGAAAAUCUGGUGUAGGCAAUGUGUUCAUCAAAAACCUAGAUAGGAGUAUUGACAAUAAAGCCAUGUAUGACACAUUUUCUGCUUUUGGAAACAUAUUGAGUUGUAAGGUUGCUCAAGAUGAGACUGGUAAUUCAAAAGGCUAUGGCUUUGUUCAUUUUGAAACAAAACAAUCUGCUACUCAAUCAAUUGAAAAAGUUAAUGGCAUGUUGCUCAAUGGAAAAAAAGUAUUUGUUGGUCGAUUUGUUGGCAGAAAUGAUCGUGAAAAGGAAUUGGGUCAACGAGCUAAACUUUACACAAAUGUUUACAUUAAAAAUAUAGAUGAAAAUGUCAAUGAAAAAGAAUUGUUUGAGAUGUUUAAAAAAUAUGGAACGAUUACUAGCUGCAAAGUCAUGUUCAAAGACGAUGGAAGUUCUAGAGGUUUUGGGUUUGUGGCUUUUGAAGAUCCAAAGGAAGCUGAAAAAGCAGUAACUGAAUUACAUGGCAAAAAAAGCCCAGAAGGAAAGACUUAUUAUGUAAAUCGUGCUCAAAAGAAAACUGAACGUCAACAAGAAUUAAAACGCAAGUUCGAACAGUAUAAAAUUGAACGUAUAAAUAGAUACCAAGGAGUUAAUUUGUAUGUGAAAAAUUUGGAUGACACAAUUGAUGAUGAACGUUUACGCAGAGAAUUUAGUGCCUUUGGAACUAUUAAAAGUGCUAAGGUGAUGAUGGAUGAUGGUCGUAGUAAAGGAUUUGGUUUUGUAUAUUUUUCAUCUCCAGAAGAAGCUACUAAAGCAGUAACUGAUAUGAAUGGCCGUAUUGUUGGUACUAAACCAUUAUAUGUUACAUUAGCUCAACGCAAAAAAGACCGUAAAGCCCAUUUAGACUCGCAAUAUUCACAACGCAAUACUAAUAUGAGAAUGCAAUCCAUUGGCCCAAUAUAUCAACCUGGUGCUUCAAAUGGUUACUUCGUACCUACUAUUCCUCAGCCACAGUAUUUCUAUGGACCUACUCAAAUGACUCAAAUUCGUUCACAACCAAGAUGGGCUUUCCAAUCACAAGUUAGGGCAGGAACACCGCAAACUGCUGCUCCCGGUUAUCCAAAUAUGGCCACACAACACCAAAACAUUGGAGCUCGAGCUCCUGUACCAGCAGGUCAACAAGCUGCAUUAGCUAGAAAUGUCAUGGUAGAUACAAAUGCUAGACCCAUUAGCACAGCUCAACAAAAAAUGCCAGGUGCUGUUUCUGCUGGAAGUGUACAUGUUCCUGGAGCACGUGAUACAGGCUCUGGAUAUAAAUAUACCCCUAAUAUGCGUAAUCCUCUUAGUCAAGAUCAAGGCAUAGGACAAGCACAACCUGGUCAAGCUCAAGGUAUGGGACAAUCACAACCUGGUCAAGCUCAAGGCAUGGGACAAGCACAAUCUGGUCAAGCUCAAGGCAUGGAACAAGUACAACCUGAUAAAGCAGCUGUACAUGUAUAUGGACAAGAACCACUUACUGCAACAAUGUUGGCCACCGCUAAGCCGGAAGAUCAAAAACAGAUGUUGGGAGAGAGGCUUUUCCCUCUCAUUGAGCGGAUGUAUCCGGAAUUGACUGGUAAGAUCACUGGUAUGUUGUUGGAGAUCGACAAUUCUGAUUUGCUUCACAUGUUGGAACAUCAUGAAUCUUUGAAGAACCAAGUAGAAAAGGCUGUUGCUAUGCUUCAGGCCCACCAAGCACAAUAGACCCAAGUGAAGAAAGAAUAGUUGCGCCCAU